GCGGCUGCGGGGGCCCAAAGGGGAAAAAGAAGAACGGAAGGAACAGAGGGGGCAAAGCCAACAAUCCUCCGUACUUGCCCCCCGAGGAAAGGAGGACCGAGGGGGAAGAGCCUAAGCCAGUGGUUAUCAAACUUUAGCAUGUAUCAGAAUCACCUGGAUUGCUGCCUCACCCCUGGAGUUUCUGAUUCAGUAGGUCAGAGGCUGAAGAUGGAAACAUCGAAUAUAAACUGAAGCUGGUGAAUCCAUCCCAGUACCGCUUUGAGCACCUGGUGACACAGAUGAAGUGGCGGCUCCAGGAGGGCCGCGGUGAGGCUGUCUACCAGAUUGGGGUAGAGGACAAUGGGCUGCUGGUGGGGCUGGCUGAGGAGGAGAUGCGGGCAUCCCUCAAGACCCUGCACCGGAUGGCAGAGAAGGUCGGGGCAGAUAUCACUGUUCUCCGGGAGCGGGAAGUGGAUUAUGACAGCGACAUGCCCCGGAAGAUUACCGAAGUGCUGGUACGAAAGGUCCCUGACAACCAACAGUUCCUAGACCUCCGUGUGGCCGUCCUGGGCAAUGUGGACUCAGGGAAGUCGACUCUGCUUGGAGUCCUGACCCAGGGAGAGCUGGACAAUGGGCGGGGCCGGGCUCGGCUCAACCUUUUCCGCCACCUGCAUGAGAUUCAGUCUGGCCGAACCUCCAGCAUCAGCUUCGAGAUCCUGGGCUUUAACAGCAAGGGAGAGGUGGUGAAUUACAGUGACUCACGGACGGCAGAAGAGAUCUGUGAAAGCAGCUCCAAGAUGAUCACGUUCAUCGACCUGGCAGGCCACCACAAGUACCUACACACUACCAUCUUCGGCCUCACCUCCUACUGCCCCGACUGCGCCCUGCUGCUCGUCAGUGCUAACACUGGGAUUGCUGGCACCACAAGGGAGCAUCUGGGGCUGGCCUUGGCCCUGAAAGUGCCCUUCUUCAUCGUGGUCAGCAAGGUGGACCUGUGUGCCAAGACCACAGUGGAGAGGACAGUACGCCAACUAGAGCGGGUCCUCAAGCAGCCUGGCUGCCACAAAGUCCCCAUGCUGGUCACCUCCGAGGAUGACGCUGUCACUGCGGCUCAGCAGUUCGCCCAGUCACCCAACGUCACUCCUAUCUUCACGCUGUCCAGCGUAUCUGGAGAGAGUCUGGACCUGCUUAAAGUCUUUCUGAAUAUCUUGCCACCACUCACCAACAGCAAAGAGCAGGAGGAACUCAUGCAGCAGCUGACGGAAUUUCAGGUGGACGAAAUCUACACAGUACCGGAGGUGGGGACAGUUGUUGGAGGGACACUUUCCAGUGGGAUUUGCCGUGAGGGGGACCAGCUGGUGGUGGGCCCCACGGAUGAUGGCUGCUUCCUGGAGCUGAGAGUGUGCAGCAUCCAGCGCAACCGCUCUGCCUGUCGUGUGCUGCGAGCUGGUCAGGCUGCUACGUUGGCCCUCGGGGACUUUGACCGUGCCCUUCUUCGCAAGGGCAUGGUGAUGGUGAGCCCCGAGAUGAAUCCCACCAUCUGCUCAGUGUUCGAGGCAGAGAUAGUCCUACUGUUCCAUGCCACCACGUUCCGGCGAGGCUUCCAGGUGACAGUACACGUGGGCAAUGUACGUCAGACAGCAGUGGUGGAAAAGAUCCAUGCCAAGGACAAGCUGCGGACAGGGGAGAAGGCAGUGGUACGUUUCCGCUUCCUGAAACACCCAGAGUACCUGAAGGUGGGCGCCAAGCUGCUGUUCCGGGAGGGUGUCACCAAGGGCAUCGGCCAUGUCACCGAUGUACAAGCCAUUGCAGCAGGAGAGGCCCAGGCCAACAUGGGCUUCUGAACUCCUCCAGGCAGGCACAGCUCCAUUGCUGUCCCUACAAUACAUGAGGUGACUUCUGGCCAUGCUGCCCACUGUUGGCGGCUCUGUGUGUUAAUAGGCAAGGGAGAGACCGGUGCUCUCUGCCCCAUGCUCCCUGCCACCUUUCUGGAAGGUGCCAAGCUCGGUGUGGCCAGGGAGGGGCAGUCCUGAGGGAGAAGACAGGAGAAUUCAGGGCAGUGCUCAGCAGCUGUGUGCCCACCUGGUUGGCUCAUCAACCCUGGCAACCCCAUGGCCUGUCUGCUGGAGGGAGCUGACCACCGCCACCUUGGCCCCACUGUCGAGACUGAGCGUGAUUCGCCGGUGUGGUCCCUGCACUUCAGGAAUUGUCACAACAACUGGGGGUGGUCCUCGAAAGCACUCCUUUUUCUAUACCUCUUCUCAAGGCCAUGUAAGUUGCCCAUCUCUACUUGACUGUGGACAAAAGACAUUUGCUCCUGGCCAUCUGGUGGCCCAGGGUCUGAAGAAAUGGCACAGGGACAGAGCUCCCACCUUGUGCUGAGACAUGAGGUCUCUUCCUCAGCUUUGUCUCCUUUCCCUUCUUCACGCAAGGGCCAUUUCCCAUUUCUCUGCUCAUAGGCCCCACAGGUGCUAUUUGUCGUGCUGGCCCAGGCGUGGGGCUGCCAAGCUCAGGUUUGGCAUACCGAAGGUCAGCUGCAUGUCAAUCAGUCUUGUCCCCUCCUCUGCAGUGAUUUGUUGGUUUUAAUGCUGGAUCAAACAGUGUUUUACUUUCCCAGACGAGUGACUGGGGACCUGACCCACAGCUCCUCAUCCUGCCACCCUUUCCCCCCCCUUCCUGCUCCCAUGUAAGUCCUCCCUCUGUUGCAGGGAACCUGGAGGAAAGGGAAAGAUGUUGCCAUAUUUCCUACUCUUUUAGGGCAUGGACUCCCUCCUUUCCCUUUGUUAAUGUCCUGGGUUCCCCGGACUCAGGGAUUUGUUGGUUCAGGUUUCUCUGCAUAUAUGUGUGUGUGUGUGUGUAUAUAUAUAUAUAUACACACACACACACAUAUAUAUAUACACACACACAUAUAUAUACAUAUAUAUAUAUUUAAAUACACACAUAUAUAUUGUACAGAAUAAAAAAUGUUUUAUUGAAUACACUGUGCUUAUGCUUAAGAUACGGGCUCAGCUUCCAGAGCUAGAUUCCUCUUCAGGAUCAGACAAGUGAAACCCUAACACUGCUGAGCCCUGAAUGGGGAAGGAACCCAUCUGGUGUCUCAUUCACCAUUCUUCCUUUCCUCUCCCUCCCAUGCGAUCAGUGUUCUGGUAUUGUGACCUGGCUAUUCUGGCCUAUUUGCAUAGUUCUCAAGUGAGCAGAAUAGAAAGUGAAACUGCCGCCUUUUCAGCUGAGAUAGGUAACCACGCCCCCUGCUGUGGUCACAGUGGUGAGGAGACCGCUCCGUGCGUGUCAGAGAUUUGGAGAUUAGUGUGCCAGCUACUUAAUGAAGAAUGGAUCUUAGAGUCUUGGCAAUCUGGCCCUCAGACUUUCCCUAGCAAUGCAAAAUAGCCUGAAGUGAAGUUUACGUAGCCUAAACUGGCUUCUUGGAGCUCUGAGGGCCACCCAGCGAAACCUUAGUCCUUUCUUCCUGUUUCUGUGUUCAGAGUACCUGUCAUGUUUUAUGGGACUGCGUUUUGAGUACCGAUCCUUACAAAAGAAAUUUGAUGAUAAAUGUGGCCCAAGGUCCCAUGAGGCA